AAACCCCAACAUUGUGUCAGUGACUGUUGAACAGAGCACUAGUGAGACAAAUUCAGUUUAUUUUCAAGUGAUUUUUUUUUAAAUUUUGCAAAUUAAUUAACGCCACAAAAUGCGUUUGGGAUCCACCGUACCAAAUUUCAAGGCCGAAACCACCAAGGGCCCCAUUCAGUUCUAUGACUGGCAAGGAGAUUCUUGGGUAGUUUUAUUCUCUCAUCCCGCUGAUUUCACACCCGUUUGCACCACCGAAUUAGGUCGCAUUGCCGUACACGCACCCGAAUUCGCUAAGCGUAAUGCCAAAUGUUUGGCUCACUCCGUCGAUGCCUUAAACUCUCACGUUGACUGGGUCAAUGACAUUAAGUCUUACUGUUUGGAUAUUCCCGGUGACUUCCCCUAUCCCAUUAUUGCCGAUCCCCAUCGCGAAUUGGCCGUAGAGUUCGGUAUGUUGGAUGAAGACCAAAGGAAAGAUCCUGAAGUUGGCAAAACUAUUCGUGCUUUGUUCAUCAUUAGUCCCGAUCAUAAGUUGCGCGUAUCCAUGUACUAUCCCAUGUCCUGUGGCCGUAAUGUAGAUGAAAUUUUGCGUUGCAUUGACUCUUUGCAAUUGACCGAUCGUCUUAAGGUUGUGGCCACCCCCGCCAACUGGACUCCCGGCACUAAAGUCAUGAUUGUUCCCUCCGUCACUGAUGAAGAGGCCAACAAAUUGUUCCCCAAGGGCUUUGAUAAGGUUUCUAUGCCCUCUGGCGUUAACUAUGUUAGAACUACUGAGAAUUAUUAAAAUCGGGAAUUGAUUUCUUUUUAAUUUACUUUUAUUGGAAUUAUUAUUUUUGCUAUGUGAAGAUCUUUUUUAUACUAAAUUAAUAAAUAUUUUAUUAGAAAACAAGUAAA